CGUGGUGAAGUUUGAGCGGUGGUCGCGUUGACAGCGGCUGUUUGUGUUUCUUGUGUUCGGUCUGUAUGUUUUAACUGGUUCUUGUAGGAGACUUCGCCGAAGCGCACACAAAACACAGACACAGCAGCAGCAGCACGUCGUGUCGAUGGGUGCCGUGGAGAGCACGGAGGGGGAACGGGAGCCUCUGCUCGCUCCGAGGCCGCCGGAGGAGCAGGGCGCUCAGCCCGUGAACAGCAGCAGGGUGUACGGCAGACGAUGGGUGGUUCUCACUCUGUUCUCAGUGCUGGGAUUUUUACAAGGGAUGGUCUGGAACACUUGGGGUCCCAUACAGAACUCUGCCAAACAUGCCUUCGGCUUCUCGACGACAGACAUCGCUGUGCUGGUGCUCUGGGGACCCGUGGGCUACAUCCCCUGGCUCCUGUUUAUGUGGCUCAUGGAUAAGAAAGGGCUGCGGGUGUCUCUGCUACUCACAGCCUUCCUCAUGGUGCUGGGCUCUGUCCUGCGGAGUGUUCCCCUCACUGACCUACAACUGAGACGCUGGUUAAUUCAUGGAGGUCAGCUUCUUAACGGUUUAGCCGGUCCAACUCUGAUGAGUGCCGGACCUCUCCUCUCUACUACUUGGUUCGCUCCAGACCAGAGGGCCACAGCCACAGCUGUUGCAUCUUUGGUUGGCUACCUGGGGGCAGCCUGUUCCUUCUUGAUUGGCCCUCUGGCUGUGCCAGCUCCCAAUGAUACACAAAUAGUGAACACCAUCACUCACUGGGAUCCAGGCCACAUCAGGGACAGAAUACAGCUGGUUCUUUACACAGAGUUGGGGGUGAUUGCGGUCUUCUUUGUAGCCGUGCUCCUCUACUUCCCCUCCAGGCCACCCAGGCCACCCAGCGUGGCAGCAGCUAGUCAGCGUCUUAGCUACAGGAGCAGCAUCUGCAGACUACUGAGUAACAUGAGGUUCCUGAUGAUAGCGCUCGCCUAUUCAGUACCCACAGGAGUAGUAGCUGGAUGGUCUGGUGUACUGGACAUGAUCCUGACUCCAGUCAGAGUCAGCCAGGUUGAUGCUGGAUGGAUAGGAUUUUGGUCUAUACUUGGAGGCUGUGUGUUUGGAGUAGCUAUGGCAAGGUUUGCUGACUCCAUUCGGGGAAUGCUGAAGCUGAUUCUGGUGCUGAUGCUAGCUGGAGCCUCCCUGGCGGCCACCUGGUUCACUCUCACCUGCCUGACCAGACUCACUCACCUCCCCUCCACUAAAGCCACACUUUAUACCUCCUGCAUCCUGGUGGGCAUCUUCAUCAACAGCAGCGUUCCCAUCUUCUUUGAGCUUUUCAUUGAGACAGUUUACCCCGUGCCAGAGGGUAUCACCUGCGGAGUGGUCACCUUCCUCAGCAAUCUCUUCACGGGCCUGCUACUCUUCUUCCUCACCUUCUACUUCACAGAACUUUCCUGGUUGAACUGGUGUCUGACAGGCUCCUGCCUCUUCAGCCUGCUUCUCAUCCUCUUCUUCAGGGAAUCCUAUGACCGCCUCUAUCUGGACGUCUUUGUGUCAGUCUGAGCAUGCUGCUCCUUUUUGUACCGGGGGAAAAAGAACGGAGCUGUGCAGGCACCAUCUUGUACAAAGAAGAUGGGAAGUGCAACACUGGUUUCUCUGUUUCACUGAACUUUUUUUCUACGUAACAUGUUUUCUAAACCUUGUAGAUGUUAAAAGGUACUUGACAGUGAUGACAUUGUGAUAGCAUUUUAUCAACAACAGAAAGACCCAAGUUAAAAUGGUAGUGUUGUAGACAUCUUCCAUUUGUACUGGAUAUUAUGGUCUUUUGGAUGCAUCUCUUUUUAAUAUAUAGGGAUCUUUUAAGUGAAGUAAUAGUGAUGUUUAUGAAGAGUCACAAUGUGAAAGACUCUUGUUGGGUGUAUAAAGAUGCCUCCUGUGGAGCACCCUGUGAUGGGUCUCUUUUGCGUGUAUUUACAGGUCGAGGAUAAUUGUAGGCUUGCUCAAUCAGCUGUCUAGGACAAGCUGCGCUAACAAGAGACCUCUUAGUCUUUUACUGUUGCGCAUAACCAGGAAUAGCGAACUGUGGGUGGGGUUUAGUGGGUAAAAUGACAUGUGACAGUGCCCGUGAUUAAAUGGGAUCUAGAUUCCUCUUUUUGGGGGAUUUUUUUUUUUUUGUCGUUUUCCUCUUCAUCACUUAUUAUUAUGCAAACAAUGAUUUUAGCCUUACCUUUUUUCAUCAUCUCCUCCCUGUGGGGUUGAAAUUGCUCUUCACUUUUGAAGACUGUGAAAGCGCACAUAGGCCAUGUUCAAAGAAUCCUUUACUGAGCUCAGUUGCAUUGAUGUAUCUUUUAUGCCUUUGUUUGGGUCAUGGUGCUUCUGUCCCUAAACAAAUUCAUAUGUUUGGACUGAGGAAGUGAUUCGAGGUUGUGCCAGUUUUCACUUGACUGUACAGCUUGGUUUUACAGUUGCUGCAUGCAGAUUAUACGUUUGUCAUACGGACAUUUCAAGAGUUAUUUCGGUUUAGCAUCAAGUUAUAACGGUAGCAUCAAGCAUGUUUUAAAGGGUUUUAGAUGUAAUUUAUGCAAUGUUUUUUAUUUAUUUAUUUGAGGGAUCAAACACUAACAGAUUUGAAGAGACUAAUGGACUAUGUAUCUGGUUAAAUACUGUUCUGCAGCAUUUGGGAAGGCCAUUUGAAAUUUGGCAUUAGUAACUGCUGUAGAUAUAAACACUGUCUGUACACCAGCGGAUGUUUUUGGUUGAAGGGAUGGUUGUCCAAAGAAUGCUAAUGUGGCCAACAAUGAAUACUUGUAUGCCUUGGCAUAUUUUUUUUAAUCCCCAAAUGCUCACUGACUCCUGUUAAUUCUCUUUAGUUAUUAAUGAGAUGGACAUUUUAGAUGCCUCUCUUUUCUAACAUGGCCCAUAUUCUGAUCAGCAAUUAAGAGUUCAAAGUAGGAAGAUGAUCAUAGCGUACCAGGGUAUUAGAUUGGGUUGUGUAGUUGGUCCUCUACAGUUUUGCACAGAGCAGGUCCACUCAAUGCCUAGCUUUUCCUGGUGGUUUUCCCACUAUGAGCCCUUAUUUCUAAGUAUAUGACCCAGAGGAUUUCACAGCUAGAAUAGCUAUAUAAGUCUACUGGUGGAUCACUUAAUGUAAGUGAUGUAAGUCCCUGGGCUUCAGAUUAAAGAGAAUCUCCAAAGAGGGCAAGGACAAGCUGUCUAACAGUGAAGAUACUGCAGUGUGCCCCAGAAAAUCUAUGGAAACAAAUUAGUGGACCCACUGUGAGGGUUGGGGGAUUUCCUAGAUUGGACCUUAUGGACUGAUUUACAGUUUACAUUUAUGUACAGACAUUGAGGUCAUAAAAUAUUUCUGUGAAUGUUUUAGCCAUCUUUUUCAAACAGUCCUUAUCUACCUUGUCUACUGCAAGAAAGCACAGCUCUGCACCUCUUUGGGACGAGCCCACAUGUGACUCGCUACCCAAGGUUCUGUCCUACCAGUUGUGAAACUCUGCCUUAAUUAACAGUGACCUGUGCAAUUUUGUUCCCUCUCUUUCUCACCACUGUGAUGAAGUCUGAUGUGGUUUCUGUGCAGAGACGUGUUCUGUUUCACACUGUAAUGGUAAUCGAAGGGAUUCUUUAGGAUCAUGUUGUUCUUGCCUUUGUCUUUGUUCCAAAUUCUGUUUGUCAACAAUUUUCAGCACCUUAUUAAAAACCUGUUUUGAAAGAA